GGUUCAACAUUACAUAUUUUUAGAAUCAAAUUUGUAAAUAAGAAACAAAAUAUUCUCCCAUUAAUGUAAAGUAUCAAAAUAUUUUUGAUCGUGUUAUUUUCAAGGUUAUGUUUGUAGCAAGGCCACUGUUGUUUACCAGGAGUUCAAGGCCUAAUCGAAUGUAAAUUAAGAGCUGAAUUACAUUCUUGUUUGUCAAAUUGGUGACAUGAGUCAGGUAAAAAAGCUAUAGAUUUUAAAGUUUUGCAUCUGCAAAUGUCUGGUAUCAGUGCCAUUUCUGGAAUCAUGGAUUUUAAAAUGGUGAAAUACUUGCAGUUGACUGCAAUAGUAGUUCACUCGUACAGUUAGAUCACGUGAUAGUGGUGCAGUGUCAGUUGGCAGAGUGUAGAACAUUUGCGAUGGGCGAUCCCAUGUAUUCAAACGAGUUCAGUCCGGUGGAUUCAGGCUUCAUGUCGGUGAAGUCGGAGCCGAUUGCGAUGGAUUCGUCAUCAAUGAGUGCUUCAGCCAGUAUGCCCAUACCUGUACGCAAUCGAGGAGUCACCAACGACAUGGUCGACUUCAGUCUGGACUGCGAGAUAUCGAACACAUCCUUCCAGGAUUUGGGGGUUGGUCCACCCUCGCUCUAUUCGAGCAACUCCCUGUGGGGCACUCGGUUGACCGAGAACGAACUGGAGAUCAAAUUGGAUAAGAUGGAGGAUGACGAUAUUUUUAAAGUGGAUAAGGCGGAUCUGAUUCAGGGACCGACCUUGGCCGAGUUGAAUGCCAACGAUGAGACGUUGUUGGAGGAUUUGAAUUUUGAUGAUUUGUUGUUGCCGAACGAGAGGAGUUGUCUGUUGAACGCUGUGGCGGUGGUAGCAGGUAGCAGGUUGAGUCCUACGGGGGGAACGACAUCGUCCUCGUUUCCGCCCGACGGGGGGGUGAGUUGGAGGGACAGUUUCGGCGCUUCGUCAAGUGUGCCGUCGAGUCCGUUGGAGGUGGCGAAGGGAGGGUUCCAGUCGACCGUGUCGCCCGCCAGUCACCACAGUUCGAGCUCGUCGCUCCCUAUCCACUCGGCGACCUCGUCCACCACCCCGCCGCCACUCGGCGUGAGUCCUCUGCAGCAGCGUCACAGCACUCUGCAUGAGCUGCUACUGAAGAGCUCAGUCUCCCCGUUGGGACAAUCUAUGCCGGGGCCCACAAGCCCGUUGGCUUCGUCUGUGUCUCCGUUGCUUGCGGCACGGAACAGUCGGUACUCGCCGGCCGCCUCUCGCCUCUCCUCGUCUGCGCCCACCCAUCUCAGCCUCGACCACAUCUGGCAGCGGCGUGAGCCCAGACCGCAUCUCCUGUCGACCAGCUCCCUCGCCGAGGCGGGCUCUACGUCGUCACUCUCCACUGGUGGUGUUUUAAGCCCAGAGGCUCAUGACUUCUCUUUGGACGAAGGCUUCGAUUCUGAAGAUGACAGCGACCAUUAUGAGGACUUCUCGUCUGAUGCUGAGUCAGGCAGUGACGGUGAGGGCGGAGUCGGUGGCGGCGGUCGCUCGAAGAAGGAGCGCUUCUUCUGGCAGUACAACGUGCAGGCGAAGGGACCGAAGGGCCAGCGGCUGGUGCUCAAGACCCGCAGUGAAGAUCCGCAUUUCCUCAAUCAGGUCACUGACCCCGUAUUCAGUCCCGAAUGCUCUGUGCAGGGCAUCAAACACAGUGGGAAGGCGAGGAAGGGCGACGGAAACGACCUGACGCCGAAUCCGAGGAAGCUGCAUGCCAUUGGCAAAGAGCUGGAUAAGCUUGGCAAAAUCAUCAACGAUAUGACACCUGUCAAUGAACUGCCGUUUACCGCUCGAACCAAAACUCGCAAGGAGAAGAAUAAGCUAGCGUCCAGAGCUUGUCGGUUGAAGAAGAAGGCUCAGCAUGAAGCGAAUAAGAUAAAAUUGUGUGGGCUAGAAUGUGAGCACAAACGACUUUUGGCUGGAAUCCAGCUGAUGAAACAAUUGUACAUAUCGAAAUUCAACGGUGAAUUGAACGGAGAUCCUCAGGAGUUUGGAAGGCAUACUGAGAAAAUCACCAAGUCUGCUACCAAACUGAAGGUUGCUGGUCAAACCACAGAUUUUGUGAACAGAAUUCUGGAUAAAGUGAAGAGCGGGGUCGCUAAUGGUGGACUGGACGAGAUUUAAUCGCAUAGAAAAGCUGCAGUGCCAUAUUACACAUGCAUUGGCUUGGCUUGCUUCUCACCCAUCAAUCUAACGCUAAUAUCUACUCUGGUAUGCCAUAUAUAUAUAAAUGUGAAAUACUCAAACAUGCAACUCAUUGUAAUUCGUCUAGCUAUAUCUUAAGAAAGAGUGAAUUAUAGUCAUAUAUUUUUUUAGCGUUAUCGGUAGUUUUUAAUUAAGAUUUACAGAAAAAUAUUAUCUGCUAGUAUAUGAUCAAAUUAUUCAAUAAGAUUACAUUAGUUCAGGACAAACACCACAGAGUAUAUAUCAUAGCGCUCUCAAGGAAUAUUAUGUAGUUAUAUUAAAAUCGCAUUUAGAAGAGCAGCAAUAUUUCCAAGGUUUUUCCAUCCUCGAUUUGGAAAACUGUGUGGUAUGAAAGCAAGGUGAAAAGAUAAAAUUAAACAUACUAGUAGUACUGUGAACAGUAGACCUCGCGCCUCCCCUGUCCAUACUUUCAAUCAG